CCUAGAGGCUAGCGUAGCUGAGCAUCAUACAAACGUAUUGUUGUCUAGGUGAGCUUGCCUCCCCCUCGCCCGCACAUGUACAGCAAAGAGAAAGGAGUAGGAUAGAGGCGCAAGUGAUUUUGUUGCCAACAAGCCUGUUCGUUGGCUCCUGAAUUCGUUAAAGCAGCAAUGGCUCAAGUGCAGGCGCUCGGAUCCUGCAGAAAGUUUUCUGGCUGGUCGACGCAGAGACACUGCCGUGUGCUUCCAUCCAGCGUGAUCACCCCUUUCCCACCACCUUCCCAUCGGCUGCGCAUAAGCAAAAGUCUGAGCAGGCAAUCAUCCUACUCUCAGCAGCAUCGUCGGAGCUGCUUUUCUGUUUCCACAUGCAGACUUUCAGGAGAAAGUAAAGAUCCUAACAACAAGAAAGAACUUUCUAGUGGUGAUGCAAUCAAAUUGAAAUGGUCCCAAACAUCUCCAAGAAAGACCCAGCAAUGCCGCAGCAGCAGCGUCGGCGUCGAAGCGUUCCAGGAGCAGGCGCGGGGUUUGCAGGGGGACGGAACAAUCACCCUAUCAAGAGAAGAAGAGGGGGAAAGCCUGCCGGGCAGCGAGCCAGCUCAGAAGGAUGCCAACCAAUCAGCACCUGGUGGACACGAUUUCCAGUGGGCGGAGAAUUGGUACCCGAUCGCAGUGGAGCGGGACGUGCGGAAGGAGCUGCCCCUUGCAGUGACGAUUUUGGGGAAGCCUCUAGUUCUAUGGUGGGACCGGAACAAAAGGGAAAAGGGGCAGCCGGGAGGCUGGCGCGCAUUUUUGGAUAUGUGCCCGCACAGGCUGGCGCCACUCAGCGAAGGUCGGAUCGAUGAGGCGGGUCGGCUCCAGUGUAGCUACCAUGGGUGGUCCUUUGACGGGGACGCGCGCUGCCAGUCCAUCCCCCAGGCAGAGAAGGAGGGGCCGCAAGCUGCAGCCCACUCGUCCCCCCGGGCAUGUGCGCAGCCCUUCCCCACUCUACUUCAAAACGGCCUUGUGUGGGUGUGGCUGGAUCCAGCUACCGCCGACACCGCCUUGAAACGACCCCCCCCGCACGUGCCGGAAAUGGACGACCCGUCGUUUAGCAAGGACCUGGUCGCCCGAGACUUCCCUUACGGGUACGAUUUUCUGGUGGAGAACCUGAUGGACCCGUCCCACCUGCCGUUUGCGCACCACGGCAUCAUGAGCAACCGCAGCCGCGCGGGGCCGCUGCGCAUCACGCUGCGGGGGGAGAACCCACGGGGGUUCGUGGCGGAGCAGCACCCCCAAGGAAAGGCAGACUUCAGCGCGCCGGUGCUUUUUACGCAGGACAUCAACAUUCCUCCCAAGGAGAAGGAUGCCGCCAAGGGUGGUUCCGGCAAGAAGAUUCGGCUGUGUUUCUGGCUGACGCCCGUCUCCCCCGGGCGCUCGCGGCUCUUCUACGCCUUCCCCCAAAACUUCGUCACGUGGCUCUUCGCGCUGAUUCCGCGCUGGCUGCUCCACAUCCGGCAGCACUCCAUCCUCGACUCGGACCUCAUGAUCCUCCACCUGGCGGAGAAGCGGCUGCAGCGCGAGGGUGGCGGGACCGACAACUGGAGCCGGGCGUACUUCAUGCCGACUGCAGCCGACCGGUACAUCGUGGCGUUUCGGCGGUGGCUCACGAAGCACGGGGGCGGCCAGCCCGACUUUGGGCCGCAACCCGAGCCCGCCCCCACGGCCGCGCAGCCCGGCCGCAUGGAACUCAUGGACAGGUACGAGUCGCACACAAAGCAUUGCUCGUCCUGUAGCAAGGCCGUGCGUCGUCUCGAAGCGCUGCAAAAGGGCCUCGCUUUUGGGUCCGUAAGCAUAGUAGCGUUAGUUUCCGCGCUGGCAAGCGGCGGGGUCGUCAAGGCGCAAGCUUACGGUCCAUAUGCUCUCUUAGGGGCUCUGGUCAUGGCUGUGUCAGCAUUCGGUCUGAAAGGCGUCAUUCAGAAGUUCUACGUUGAGGAUUACAUUCAUGCACUUGUGAAGUGAGUUAGGAUAUAGACAAUACCUUUACGUUCAAAUCAGAGCACGCGGAUCUGGAGGCAAGUGGCAUACAGUUGUCAUGUAAGUUUUGUAGAGUUAGUCGAAGCGCAGGUAGAGGCCAUUCCAUAGCGUUGGAUUUGGUGCCAUCGUUCUCGUGUGCAAGAAUACGCAUGUAGUCCGAGUUGAUAUCCUGUACAUACGGAUUGUUGUUUCGACUAAUUACAAUUGAACACUCCUGAACCGUGUUUUAUUCGAUCCGGAGCAGUCCACCUCUAAUUAUCAAGCGAGC